AUGAUUCGUAAGAAAGUACUCAGCAUUAGCGGCAACUCCGCCACCCUCCUCGUGCAGGACACAGAGGCGGGUGGCGCGUUACGCGUGCUGCGCCGAAUGAAUGUGGCAGGGUGGACCGACGAAGAGGUGAGCGCAGCUGUUCGGAUGUACGAGGAGCUGCACAAGUGCCGCCUGCGCGGCUUUGUGCCAAUCCACACCAUCCUCAUUCAGAGCUCCUUCCUCAGCGUUGUCGCCUCAUACGCUUCGGAGGGCGACGUCACAGCCUUGAUUGAGGAGGAUGAGCAGAACUCGUUCGAGGAGAUCAGUGUGCUGCGCUGGCUCUGCGCGUGCGCGCUGGCGAUUCGGCAGCUGCACUUGCACAACCUCUUCUUCCCAGGGCUUACAAGCGAUCGCCUUUUGCUGGACCACCACACUGGUGGCACAGCAAACAUCCUCCUCGGGGUACCCCUGCCUCUCCCGGUCUACUACGCGCAGCUGCAAGAGCGUAGGAAGAACGGCGUGCGCAUAGCGCUAGAUUACCCACCAGAGGUUCUCGCAGCACCUGCAGCGCAUCUCAGCAGCGGCGAAGGCACGAGCAACAUAACCAAAGGCGGUGUUGGCUACCACCCCACACUGAGCGACGUCUGGUGCCUGGGUCGACUAGGCGUGGUACUGCUCACGGCGAGGGGCACAAAUAUGGCACGGCGCUCUGGCAGCACGCGCCAGCUUCUCUCCCGCAUGAUGGCAGACGAGCCAGCGACGCGGCCGUCAAUGGAGAGCAUCGUCCAGUCGCUAGUUGCCUUGGCUGGUAAAGUCUCCUUGGGUCAGCCCCCAUGGCCUGCAGAGCCGGCCACCACGUCUUCUACCACCUCUGCUCAAACCACGCCUGUAAGCCCGACUCCAGCCAUGCCGAGUAGACAGCCCCAGGCUUCCGCCCCCGGAAGCACUGGCUGGAGUGCCGGGACGGUAGCGCAGCAGGCCGCUGUCGCAAACAGUAGCGUCGGUGGAGGGGGGUCAAAGUCCAAAGGUGUGAUGAAGGCUGCCUCGCAGAGGUCUGCCCCCGACCACCCACCAAACACCACCAAGUCCUCGUCUUCGCCUGAUGUGCCAGCCACUCAUGCCCAUAAUAGUCAGCUCUCCUCAGCCGGGGCACGGGUUGCCCUAGCACACUCGUCACCGCCGCCACCGAUACCGGCACCCACCCCGUACCUCGACCACCCCUCAUCUCUCGCAUCCACGUCGAGCGACAGCUGGUACCGCCGUGCAGGGGAGAAGUUCGAGCUGCUGCAGCGCAUGAAUGCGAGCCCUCCGAAGCAGCACACCUUCAGAAGCGGCGAGGCAUCGCUAGGCUCAUCACGUGGCGAGCACGGCCAUCACCGCAUUCGUGGGUCGACAAGCCGCCUCCUCAACAGAAAAUCACUCAGCCCGCGCCGUAACAGCCGCGGCGGCUACCUUGAUCACAACACGCGUAUGCUGGACGAGAUGUUUGCGGAGCAGGGGGGGCUGCGGCUGCAGGCCAGGUCAUGGCAUCCCUCGCCACAGGGACGCGUGGAAGAUCCCAAACAGUUUCAACGCGAGGCGCUGCGGCAGCUGAGGCUGGAGACGGCAGCACGCCAACAAGAGAUGCGCAAGCACUUCACCGAAUGGCAGCGCCAGAAUAAUCAGCGCCUCACCGACGCAGACAACGUGGAGGUGAUUGACCAGGACGGCAUCGUCAUUGUCGCUCCUCGCCCCGCCCCACCACACGAGUUUCUUCCGACCGCCACGGCCGAGCCUGCGGCGGAGGGUGGGGAGUCGAACACUGGCACGGAGUCCCUAAAGUCAAAGCCUCAGCCUAUGGAAGACGCUCAAAGUGAAGCGGAACCUCGCCAGACACCAUUACCCGCCUCAUUGCCACCACCCAACUCGACCUCUCGAUCGACCACGCCACGGACCAAGACACCACCUGGCGGGAGCACCUCGGCAGCAGCGGGCAGCGCGCAGUCCACUUGGUACAGUGGAAAUGAGCCCCGAGCUUCUUACUUAUCCAUGUCGACGCAGGCGGAGCCUGGUGCGCGUGACACCGGCUUCUCUGCGCUGCCGCUGCACAAUCCCACCUCCCCGAGUCUGUCACCACCGCCGAGCGCUGUGCAGCUGUACCCUCUUCGGAGUAGUGAUCCCUCUGGGAAAGGCACCAGCCCGCCAAGCGACGGCAACGAGCGCCCCACGCACCGCACCGGCGGCGGCGGCCGCUUGCUGUGGAACAACUCGUCCGAUGUAGGGACUCUUUCAGCCGUUGAGUGGACUGUUGAUGGCAUCCGCAGCACCCUGCGUAUGCUUCUACGGAACCGAGACCUCUAUGGCGAGACCAUGCAGGAGGUGGCGCUAUUUAUCCGCCAGCCGGAGGAGGCUCGUCUGGCGGCGCGCGCGAAUGAGGUCUUCAUGAAGCGACUGCGUGAGUUGCUCCACGAUGACGCAGUCUUCUUUGGAGUAGCGCCGCUCUGUGCGCAGCUGGCGGCACUGGAGGGACUCAACAACACCCUGCGCGGCUCCUCCGGUGACCACCCUUCUCGGCAGCGGCGCUAA